CACAAAAGCAGUCACCGAGCAAAACAUCAAUGAAAUAAAUAAAUAAGUACCUACUAAAAAAUAAAAUAGACUUGUUUUUGUUUAAAAUUACGGAUUAUAAUAUAAACAAUGUAAAACUAUGAGUGUGAUGACUAUUAAAGGAAAGAUAAAAUAAUUAAACAGUUAACUGAGGCUUCACUUAAAAAUAUAACGCGCUGAAAUCAUGUUCAAAUGCCUCGUAUACUUUUUAGUUCCAGUUAUUUUAUCAAUGAUAUAUUAUUUCCCUUUUAUAUGGAGUUUGUUUUAUUUAUCACUUCUUAGUGUGUGUCUAAUAUGUGGAGUUUUUGUGUUAACCCUGUGGGGACAUCUCGCGCUUUCUUCGCCGCACCAAACGUCUUUAUUUUUGUUGGAUAAUAUAGAAAAAGAGGCUAGGAUAUUGGAGACAACAAUACGGGAAGACCAAAAUAAUUGGGUAUAUUUAUCCAAAAAACCUCACUUACCAGUGCUUUUUGGUAGGACAGUGGACAGUCAAAUACAACUUUUAAUUGACUAUUUCCUAAGAGACUUUGUUACUCGCUGGGUCAAGGAGCUCUCUCACAGACCAGAACCAGUUAUUGACAAAUUUAAAGAGCAUAUCUGGAAUGCCAUACAGAAUCUGUAUGAAAGAUUACUGAAAGUGGAUGCCGAGAAGUUAUUAGCCAAUGACAUGGUGACAAAAAUAACACAACAUUUUGAACGCAUAAGGAUUGCUAGGAGUUGUGCAUUGGAACUAAACCAACCACCAGUGUUUGCCCUGGCUCCACAUCUAAUAUCAUCAGACACAGAGUUACACUAUUUACGGCAAAUGAGUGAACUGAUUGUUAUGUUCUUGAUGCCUAGCUGUUACUCCCUUGUUCCAGCAUCACAUCUUCUAAGGGAGAUUUUGGCAUGCAAAAUAUUACAGCCAGCAAUAGAUCUCGUCACCGAACCAGAUUAUAUAAACCAAAAGAUAAUUCAAUAUCUCGAAGCCCAGAAGGAAGUGGACGCCAUGCAUGUAAGGACCCAUGAAUAUGCCAAAACAUUUGAGGACUACAUUAGACUGAUAAAUAGCUGCAAUAAUGUUGACACACUGAAGCGUUUACGGUACGAUAUUGUAACGCAAAUCAUGCAAGCGACCACGUUACAAAACAUAAAAAGGGCGAAAGGCAUUGACAUAGACAUGAUAGAGAAGAGCAAUAACCAGCACAACGUAAGCCGCCAGCAAGUGACCGACGCUAAGAAGUUGAAGAGAUAUAUCGACCAACUGACUAUAGCCAAGGCGGAAUGUGAAGCGGCUUUGUGGAAGUUAGGCUGGGAUGGGGCUUUCCCAGCCGUUGAGUCAGAUAGCAAGGCGAUGCCGCUGCACAAAGUGAUGGAAAGCGUAACAGGUCGACGCUACCUCUCGAUGUUCCUCGAGACACUGUGCUCGCAGGGCCUGGUGGGGUUCUGGUCGGCCGUGGAGGAGCUGCGCCACAGCCCGCGCGGCAGCUGGCACCAGCUCGGCGCCGAGAUAUUCUACACCUACAUCCGAUCACCCAGUGCCGAAAUAAAAGUCGAUAAAGACACUAGAAAAAGAAUGGAGGCAUUUCUUUUAGGUGAUAAGGGACCAGAAGUAUUCUACGAAGUUCAGGACACAGUGGUUGACACGAUUCAAGAGAAAUAUUAUCAUUCCUUUUUAUUGAGCGACCAGUACAAGGCUUUGGUUGCUGAGUUGGCUACCGAAGAGGCUAAUAAAGAACUUUGUUCAGAGAGAUCACCCAUCGAGGAUCGUCAGCUCUCGAACGAGUCGGUAUCGUCAGCGGAAAGCGCGGGCACCGUACAUCUGACGGAACACUCCACUUACGCAAGAAGAAAACUAGACCAGUUGCAAGAACGCCAUAAUAACAAGACUCAGGCUUUAGCAGCACUCCGAGCGUCACUAAAACCGGAAUCGCCAGCGCUGGCGAUGCUCGCGAAUGAAGUGGAGAGACUGGCGGGCGAACAGAUGCGCCUCGAAGCGCAUCUCGCCCGGACUGACACAUGGGCAGAACAUCUAGGACGAUGGCGGGCCACUGUGCAUAGCGCCGAGGUUAUAGACGAAUCCAAGCCACCACAAUUUGUAAUAGUAGUGCACAUGGCGGAACAGGAACCGACUAAUGAGGAUGAAAAACCUGAGCAGAUAUCCACCGGCUGGGUGUUACUGAGGACUCUUAACGAAUUUCAGGAGCUCCAUCGAAAGUUGAGGCCUAUGUGUUCAGAGUUAAAAAAUUUAGAACUACCGUCAAAUUCUUUUAAGUUUAUUUUUGGGAAGAAUGACAAAAAUUCAUUAGAAAAAGCUAAGAUUUUAAUACAAAAAUAUUUAGAAUUUGUAUUAGAAGACGAUAGAUUGAACCAAAGUGAAGCAUUGUACACAUUCCUCAAUCCAAGUUCUGAGUAUAUGAAACAAGGCGAUUUACCAAAGAAAAAUAAAUUUUCCUUUUCUACAUUAUUUAAAAGUACGAGUAACGACGCCACAAGUAGGUCGUCUCAGGAGAAGGAGGCGUUCGCACAUUUGUCGGCCGACGAAGACGAGAUAUCGCUGUACCUGGACGGAAACGGCGACGCGGCCGCCAAGAACGUGCACAGCUCAAUGCGUGGGGCGGGUCCCCUAAGCGAGGAGCGAGACAGUAUAGCGGAACCACUGUACGCACUGCUCAGUGAAGUGUUUGACAUGCGAGGCGUAUUCCGAUGGCUCAGAAAAACGCUGGUCACUUUCGUACAAAUCACUUACGGCCGGACUAUUAACAGGCAAAUCAAAGAGACAAUAUCGUGGCUGUUCUCGGAGCAAAUGCUGCAUUAUUACAUUAGUAUAGUAUUGAAGUCGUGGUGGCCGGGAGGCGUACUUAGCGAGACUAUUACCAACAGAAAUAUUAGAGAUAAAGAGCACACGCGCACGCUGGCGCUGCAGCAGCUGAGCGAGGCGGUGGUGGGCACGCUGUCGUCGCUGGUGGGCGCGCACGCGGCGGCGCGCGGCGCGCACAAGCUGUUCGCCACGCUGCAGAACCCCACGCACAACAAACAACUCUUCUAUGAAAUCUUCGAACUAGUCCUACUUGAAGUAUUUCCAGAGCUGAAGCGCUAUCAGUGAAUGUGAGUUAAAGUAGAUUGAAUAGAUUUAAUAGAAAAAUAUAUCUACAGGGACUCUUGAAACAACCAAUUUCAUACAUUCCGUUUAUAUAUUGAACAAGCUUUAUUUUUGAACCACCUAAGUUUUUGAAUUCCAUAUGAAUAAUUCAAACAUAAUUAUUGUUGCUUCAAUUUACGUAUGUUACUUUCUGGUUCCAUUUUUUUUUUUGGAAAUUAUUGAAAUAACCAUUAUUUUAUUAAUGUCGUAUAAAGCCAGAGUGGGUAUAAACUAUAAAGCAAAGAUUUGAUCUCAAUAUCGCUCUCAUAUUUUAUCUGUUAUGUAGAUGUAGCUAAAUGCUUAGUUUUAUGAGUUCUGUGAUCGCUUUAGCUAAAUUAGCUGUGUGCCAAGAUUUAUGCUCUCUACUUAUUUUACGAUCCUGGGUUAUUAAGUUAGUGUAAGUUAAGCACUACACAAAUGUUUUGUUGGACCCAGUGCCAUUUUUUAGGUACCUGAAAUUUUAAUAAGGAUCGUCAUUACACAUAAUAUAGAAAUGUUUUAGUCUAAUUAACCAUUUUAAAAGUGUUACACUAAGACAUUGAAUGAAUGUGUAUUGGAUUGUUCCGAGACUAAUUUUGAUAAUAAUGUUUAGACGUUUCGUAAUUAUUUUUCUACUUAUGAUGAUAGGUUGUAUGUUAUUGGGCCAUUUGACAAAAUAUUUUAACUUCGAUUCUUUUAGUACGACUACAUAAUCAAACAAUUUCAGAAACAAUCUUUACCAAUUAAGGAAAUAAAUCGACAAAUUAUGAUGCAAAUGGAUUAGCAAAAAUCUAAAAAAAGUGUUUUAAAGUUGUUCUAGUCCUUUUAAAAUUUAAAAUAAAAUCAUAAAUGUAAUAAAUAAAUAUAAAUAUGUAUGUGUAUAACGCAUUGACUUGAGAAAACAACUGGAUGUCUAAGUUAUUAAUAUCAUAUUAUAAUAAUAUGUUUGAGUAUAAAAAACAUAGAUACCUACUGUCUUUAAUUUUGUCUAAUGAAUAGAAGAUUAAUGUACAUCUAUCUAUUCAAUAUAUAUUAAAAUUUAGGCGAGUAUGUUACAUACAGAUUAUUAUAGAUGUAAGCACAUUCCAAAGUUCUUAAGUAUUAAAUAAAUUGAAACAGUCAGGAUCAGAUAUAUGCAUAAAUAGAUUUAAAAAAAUGCCACGCGAUCACCGGAACCUAAAGCCAUUUUAUACAUAUCCAAGGGUUCAUUAUCGCAUAUACUUGUAUGAUGUAUUGUUGGUCUAUGGCAUGUACCUAUGUUAUAAAUAAAGAAAACUAGUCGAAGAUGGUAUAGGUAACAUAUUAUAACUUAUAUUUCAUUAUUAUAUAAUAUCAUAACAUAUUCAUUAUUUUGAUAUAGUGAUUUGUCUUAAUAUCUACGUAUGUUUGUGUAAACUAUGGUAAAGUAAGUAUAUAUUUAGUAACAUUAGCGCUUGCUUAUGUUGGACCUCCCAACUUUUUAAUAUUUUUGGUAUUUGUAUUAUUUAAUAAUAUUAUCACAUUUUAUAGCCGUGUCUGAUGCUGACUGUACUCUUCUAUUGUGAAAUAAGGUGGUAUUCAAAAUACCCAUAUUAGACGUUGUUACGCAAAGAAGAUUCAAUACACAAAGUUAGUUUUAAUAUUUGUUUGUUGCAUGCUUCUUGCGUAAUAAUAUGCAAUUUAUUUUAACUUAAUAUUGAGGCUGGAUUAUAAGAAUAUAUGUAGGUACUUAUUUAUGUAUGAUUACCAUAUUACUUAUUGUCUAGUUUUUAUGAAAAGCUUUUAAAAUUCACUUUUCUCUUAGUUUUUAAGGCUGAAAUAAUUAUUUUAAAUAUAGUUCAGUAUAUUUCUAUGUUAGAUGAAGAAACAGCAUUUAUCUUUUUUUUAUUUAUUAACUUUUAAUUUUUAUAGAGGAAGGUUGGAGGCAAAUAGUAAUUAUUUUAAUUCGGUAGAGUAAAAGUAAGUAUCGAAAUACGUAGUUCUGUUUGGUCAAUCUUUAGAAUCUCGCUUGUGCAAACUUGUAUUUUCUGGAAUAUUAUAUUAAGUAGGUAUAGUUUUUUCGUUGUAGCAUGGUGCGGGUGACAAGCAAGUGUUAGUUUAUCAUUUCAUAAAUUAAUAUUUGAGUCUGAUUUGACUUAAAUUUAAAUAUCACACUAAUAUUAUAAAAGCGAAAGUUUGUAUGUGUGUGUGUGUGUGUGUGUGUAUAU